AUGUUGCUGCUAGGAGAAAGCACAGAGAGCGGCGGAGAAAACGGGGAAUCUGCUGCAGGAGGGAGGGAUGAGGAGGAGGGGGAUGAGGAGGAGGGGGAUGAGGAGGAGGGGGAUGAGGAGGAGGGGGAUGAGGAGGAGGGGGAUGAGGCGCUCUACCGCAUGGAAUUCGAUGGAGCAUCCAAGGGCAACCCGGGGCGGGCAGGGGCGGGAUCUGUGUUGUGGGAUGAGUGCGGCAAUGAGGGCAACCCGGGGCGGGCAGGCGCGGGGUCUGUGUUGUGGGAUGAGCGCGGCAAUGAGGUGAGGGUUUUGGCGUGGGGUGGUGAGGCGGGAUAUCGGGUGAGGCGAGAGGGAGGGGGCGAUGCAAGAACCGCCAUGCGUGGAGUGGAUGGAGGCACACUUCUCCCUCCUUCUCCCCUUUUUCCUCCCCCUUCUUCUCCCCCUUUGCUUCCUCCUCUUCUUUCCCACUUCUUCUCUCCCUCUCUUCUCCUUAUGAAUCCACUACUCCCCUUCCACUCCCCACCAGUUGGUGUGCAUGAGGGAGGGCGUGGGGCGGGGCACAUGCAACAUGGCAGAAUACCGCGCGUUCAUAGGGGGCGUGGAGCUGGCACUGGCUCUCGGGAUCACCAGAUUGCAUGUGCAGGGAGAUUCGAUGCUGGUGGUUAUGCAGGUGAGAGUGCUGGGUGGGUGAAGGGUGCUAGUGUUGCUUCUGGUGCUGGUGGUGGUGUGGUGAGGCCAUGCAAGCAGCUGGCUCUGGCUCUUGGCAUCACCAGAUUGCAUGUGCAGGGAGAUUCGAUGCUGGUGGUUAUGCAGGUGGGUGGGAUGGUGGGGUUCAUAGGGGGCGUGGAGCUGGCUCUGGCUCUCGGCAUAACCCGGCUGCACGUGCAAGGGGACUCCAUGCUCGUGGUCAUGCAGUGCAACAUGGCAGAGUAUCGCGCGUUCAUAGGGGGGGUGGAGCUGGCGUUGGCUCUUGGGAUUACUCGGCUGCACGUGCAAGGAGACUCAAUGCUGGUGGUCAUGCAGGUGCAGAAGAAGUGGAAGGUGAACGCGGAGAUGCUGAGGGAUGAGUGCAAGCACGCACAGGAGCUCGUAUCUCGUGUCACGUACCCCUCAUCCUCUCUUCUCACCUCUCAUCAUCCCCUGCCACCCCUCGUCACCCCUUUUUGCCUCUCAUCACCACCCUGCCCUGCACCACCUUGUCUCCCCGCACCACCCUCAUCACCCCUCAUCAUCCCUCACCACCCUGCACCACCCCUCAUCACCGCUCACCACCUCACAGGAGUGCAACCAGCUGGCGGAUCUUCUCUCCAAUGA